CGCGUUCACGUCCAGCACUAUGCAACAUAAACGCGUUGGCCGAGCACCACCUUCUUGCAGUCUGUUCCACUUCAAAUCCAUGGCUUCUACUCUCAAAGUGGAGCAGCACACAUCCGCACCCACAUGUCAACCAGGCUUCUCCUAACCUACAGUAGUUGCGUGCGUAUUGACCGUCUUCAGUCUGAGGUGAGAAUUUACAGACCGAUUUCAGACGCCUUGACAAUAAUGCCAUCAAUCUACCCAGCUCGCCCGAUUUGAUGCCACAGUGCUGAAUGUCACUGGGAUGGAGCACCUUAGGGGCAAACAAACACUCCUCGGUGAGGAACCCGUUUAUUGCGCCGCCUACGACGACAAUGAGGAAAUUCUUUGCCUAGGAUCUGAUGCAGCCUUGAGCCAGCCUGCAAGGGUUGCAACACGUUUGCGGUAUGAGCACCACGCCCUGAAAUAUCUCGGCGGACAGCGCCCGAGGCUACUAUCCGCCGCCUUGCGAGGGCCUUUCGACCAUGCGUCCGGAUGGCGAAACCCCUGGCUCCCCAAGAACCAGUCCGCACCCGCUCAGGGUCCUACCACGAGCGGUAUACAGAAAGGGCCACCCGCAAGAGUAGCCAGCGACGCAUUCGACGGAAUACACAUCGAGCCGGACAUGGCUGGCGCUAGGAGGAACCAGACACCGGUCAUCAGAGACUCUCUUCAAUGCCAUCUCCCCAGUCCAGAUAGCCAUCGGGAACUGGACCUCACCGAUUGCCCUCAGCUUGAUACCGCAGCUCGAUCACGCAUCAAAGACUGGGCUAGAGAUGUUUCUGCCGAUGUUCUGGCAAGAGACGACUUUUGGGCACCAGAUGAUGGGAUAGGACAAGCAGCGGAUGCGAACGCAACUCCGAAACGACCGGCAGGCAAUGAAUGGUUAAGGACCAAGUUUCACAAACGCCGGAGGGCCGAUAAUACAUCCUUCGAAACCUCGUCUACCCCGACCCCGUCUGCUGCUCCCAUGUCAACGGACAGAGCCACUCCCGCCAUACCAACUGUCAAGACUGUGAGGCCGUCGCAACUCCGUAUAGCGGCAAGCCAAAGCUUUGGGGGAACAACGCCAGCUUCAAGGCCUGCUCAAGUGACUCAGCAACCGGUUUCUACGUCCGCGACGAAGAGCAUCAUCCAGGACAACCCCCCGAAACCUCGUACCUACAAAGUGGCAGUCAAAGCGAGUGCGUUUCUCAAGCCUUCAAACAAGGAAUCAAGGCCGGCAUCUAGAGGUUAUAGUCGUCAUACCUCUCACGUGCAACCAAGGUCAUUGUCCUCCGACGGCCCACGUAUAGUUACCGCCUCUGCUGCUCGAACAAGGUCAAUAUCGGAAAUGCCAGACCUCCGAAAUGCAUCUCCUUCGAACGUUGUUGCUGGGAUACCGGUGCCAGCGGGUGGGCCGCAGGUGAAGCAUAUACAGGACUCGGACCAGGGCGAUAUCAGCUUUGAGAGCCAUCUGGAUCAGAGCUUCUACUACAAGGCGCGCAACUUGAAGCCUCAGCCAGCCAAAGUCGGCAAAGAGAACGCCGCGCAGCAACAAUCCCAGCCGACUCAGACCGGAACUCCCGAAUCAGAAGAUCACGGAGAAUCAAUCAGUGUGCAGCAUGAGAUGCAGGAGAAUCGCGAAGAACCGCACGCUAUGUUGGCCCACGAAGCGCGCAGUAACGCCAAUACACGUUUGGUUGACCACUUGAACUCGGAGCAUAUUGCGCAUGAACUAUACCGAGAAGGACAUAAUUUCACGGCGACACGUGCUUCAAGCGUUGCUAUCAAGAUCAUGGAAGAGCCAUCAGCAUCGAAGGAGACUCCUGUAUAUGAAAGAACAACAAUUCCAGAACAACAUAUUCAUCCAGGGACCGAUCAAGAACAACUAGACACUAUGCGAAAACUCAACACUAUCAUUCAGGGUUGCAACCCACAUCUUGAUGGGGCAAAAAUAGUUCUUAAAGCUACGAGGCCGUGUCCGCAAGAUUCGGCCCCUAAUUUCUCGUCAGAGGUCAUCUUUGACGAAGGAUCUACGCUCAUUGGAAACCCAAUCGAUGCCGACAAAAGCACGCCAGGCUAUAGAGUUGAACUAAUUGAAAGACUUGAAAUUGUCAAAUAUCCAACACAACCACAAGAGAGGUUGGAGGCCGCCGAGCCGUCCUUGCAGCCUGCAAUACAUCACCGAGAUGUGAAACUUGUCACUGGACCUGGGAGCAAGAUAUUCGAAGGUCCAAGUAUUGGAACUGAUAAGUCUGGCAACAUUGAACAGACACAACAACAUGCUGAAGCUGGGUCUUGGACUGCACUUGCAGAGACGACCUUAUUGGCUAGUCAAAACUCAUACUAUGGCUCAUUUACACCUCAAGAAGCAUCUGAUAUGGCGAGUCUCAAGAACUCACAUCCCAGAGCUGUCUCGAUCCAUAAAGACAAUAUCUUUAGCACCGAAACCUCGGCAGUCGCAAUCCCCGUAUCGCAGGCCGAAUGGCUGCUUGGCGCUGAUGGUCCGCUGCCGGAGGCUCCUGGAGCUCAUGUUGAAGAGGUUCAACAACCAGAACCAUCAUACAUCAAAAUUGAGCCUGUCCUUGGGCAAGAGGAGGAUGACACCCAAGUCUCUGAGCAUACUACUGCUUUGCAGAGUCAUUGCGCGGCUGAUGAUUGCGAAAUCAAAAUAGAGCCAGUGGAAGAGGAGGAGUGGGUGCCUUGUUCACAUCCUAUCAGCGUUGCGAGUUCUCCAGCAGAUGUAACAUACCAGCUCGGCGUACGCGCAUCGCAACAAGAUCCUUGGGUGCAAACAAUUGAAGGCUCAGGUCAGACUGUCGGCCUGCAAAACUCUAUACAAUUACAGCAAUCUUUGACAGCCGAGCCGCCGCAACCCUUGCCACAACUGUCUGAAGACCAACAAAGCCCGUGGAAUGAUCCUAACAACCACGUCGUAUAUUCUGACCAACGGCUAGUUGGAUUCUCGUCACAAAGCAUGCCACCUCCAAGUGCCUAUGUCAACGGCUUAAGGUUAUCGAACGUAGAACACCGUCGUAGUUCUGAAUCUUCAAGCGUCGAUCCAGCAUCAUCUGCCCCUAAGGAAACAAGAUAUUCUGGACUGUUUGGUCAGCCUGCUACACCUUCACAGGUCGACAGCCAUCAGCCGACCCCGGAGCCACAGCUGUCGAUCAAAACUUUUGCGACAUUCAACAAUAGUCCAUCACCGAAACGUAGGCGUUAUCCCAGACAGCCGGGGCUUAUAGGUGACCGCUUGCCGAGCACACAGGUUCUUGCUGAUGCUACAAACGCCAAUCCCUGGAGCAGUGUUCGAUCAAGUCUACGUUCUAGUGGACGACCUCGAUCUCAUCUACGGGUCUCUUUCGCUUCCCUAAACGACGAAGAUGAUCACCCUGAUACGCCUAGCCAUCCUGUUCGCUUGACUGCUAAAAGAGUGGCCUCUCCUCCACCACAACUAGCACUUGAUGCAGGAGAUGAAGAUGUUGAUAACCAUUUCCGGAAGCACUUUGAUAUCACGAGAGAGAAAAUUACAAGUGAGCCGGAUACCCCCAAUUCUCGAUUCCCAACCGGUCUGCUGCCUAGCGAGUCACAGCAGAAACUCAUGAGCCCAGAGGUUGGCAUGAUGGCACAGGCUUUCAGGGAUGCAGAUGUACAUCUCACUCUGCGAAGUACGCCUGAAUAUGGGCCGGAACCGGCAGCUGAGCUAGCAUCUAAGCCUAGACUUGAUAUUGCAGUUGAUGAAGCGCAAGAUCCAGCAGAUGAACAGCCCAGCAUUAUAAACGUACAGUCGCCAUGGCGUGCUGAAAGCCAGAACCAGGGGUUUGACGAUGUUGCCGACGUGCUCCAGAAUCUUGACGACUUCCUCAAUCCACGCUGGGACGUAGACGACGCGGACAAGAGGGGAACCGCCGAUGGAAUAGAGAACCAGCGGCGAGAGCGCAGCCCGGUUUUGUUUGGCAAUAGUAUCUGGGACUCUCUCUGAUAAAUGAAAAUUUAGUGAAUCAUCAGAAAGGUGAUCUUAUGAUCGAAGUGCAGCGUUUUGAUACCCCCUUUUCUGUUUCUUCCUUCUUUUUGUUUUUUACGAGCUACGAUAGAAGUCCUGCGAGAUUUUCACCUGGUACAAGUAUUGCUAGGUUGAACUAAGGGACGGGCAUGAGGUACUUCAGCAUCGGUAGCAGUUGCUAGAAUCACACUGCUUCAUAUAGAAUGAUAGGUUUUGUUCAAUGACAUAUACGCGACCCCAAGUUCUAACCAA